AGCACGAGGUGCAUUGUUUACAUGAAAUUGAUUUUUUAUUUUAGUACAAGACGAAAUCUAGACGUAAAAUAUUAUUAAUCUGUGUUCAAGAUGUAUGUAAUUACUUUAAUUGAAUAAAUAAGGAAUAGCUUUUGGCAUGUAAAAUGCCAUUACUUCAUAAUGUGCAGAAAAAUUCAGAAAGCUCGCAACACAAAGCUAAACAAGCUCCAAAACUUUGCAGCCCAGUACCGCCAAUCUGAAUUUUCCUAUCCAUCUGUAAUAUGGUGAAAAGAAUGGAGUAAUGUAAAACACGAAAGGGGCUCUGAUGGGGCCCAUUUAGAACAUGACAUCAGUCCACAGUAAUGGCAGAAAACAGAAGAAGGGUGUUGGAGAAGAUGAUGAUACAGACAAUACAGAUUUCAGUCCCACACGGUUUUUAACUGUUACGUAUAAUGAAAAUACAGAUGAAAUUUCAGCCUGUGAAAGUGUGUCAUCUGCCAUCAAAGAUGUCUGUACCAUGCGUGAGGAUGUGCAUUACAGCAUGCUGGAAGACAGUCAUCAGAGAAGUAAAAAUAAACCGCGGGGAAUGUGUCAGCAUUUGGCUACACCUGCAACAUCAGUGCAACCAACACAUGGCAAGAAAAGCAAGAACAAACACCAUUUGAAUUUAGAACAAGCUCACUACUGUUGCACAUGUUGCAACAGAUUCUUUACUCAGAAGCAGUCGCUGCGACGUCACAUGAAACUGCACACUACCAACAUCAGUAGAAGAAUGAGUGAGGCAUUAGACAAAAAAUCAGAACAAAAGAAGGAAGUGCAGAGAUAUGGAGGCUUUGAGAAAGUUCCAUAUUUUUGUGAGACUUGUGGCAUGGAUUGUAAGCAUAAAGCAGGUUACAUACAACAUCAAAAUAUCCACAAGAGAAAAGAAAAGAAAUUGCUCUCAUGUCACAUAUGUAGAAAGGAAUUUAGAUUUAAUUCAUUGCUGCUUCACCAUGUGGAAAGCCACAAGCCCAAAUCUAAAAUGAGAAAGUCGUUAUCUUGUCAUACUUGUGGGAAGAAGUAUAGUAAAACUGGCAGCUUAACAAAACACGAGCUUCAGCAUGAGGGGAAGGGAAGUUUCCGCUGUCGUCCUUGCGGCAAAGUGUUUAGUACCACAACUGAGCGGACAAAACACCGUAAUGAGAAACAUGAGAAACCUUGGAAAUGUCCAACAUGCAGUCACAUGUUUGCCACCAAACAGAAGCUGGAUUCCCAUGUGCAGUGGCAUGAAAGCAAGGAGACAGAAGUGUUUGUUUGUAGUGUGUGUGGUAAAGAAUUCAGACUGAAAGUAAAUCUCAAGGUUCACGUAGAGAGUCGAUGCGGUACAGACCCACAGCACGUGUGUAAUGUUUGUGGGAAGGCUUUUAUGACACGUGGAACACUUGUUACACAUUCGUUGCUCCACACGGGUGAGAAAACAUUCCUCUGUCGUUUCUGUGGUAAGAACUUCCGUCUCAAAGUGGAGAUGCAGAGACAUGAAAGGUCUCACACGGGAGAAAAACCGUUUGUUUGUAAAGUGUGUAAUAAAGCUUUUGCUCACAGGGAAAGCCUCGUUACACAUAACACUCUUCAUACAGGGAUACGCCCUUACAUGUGUGAAGCUUGUGGCUCCACCUUCUCAUGUAUCGGGAAUCUCAUCAAACACAGAAAAACUCACCGUAACAGAUGUGCUCUAGUCACUCCUGUCGUGACAUCCAGUAAAGCAAGGGUAAAAUCAACUGCUAAUCACUUAAAAGUGUGUGUAAAGAAUCUUCCAAAAACAAGUCCAUCUGUCGAACAGUUAAUGAAUCAUGUAAUGUCAGAAGGACGGAUACCUAAUAACAACGAAGAGGCUUCUGUCGUCCUGGGUGGUUCUUACAGCUACAGAAAUUCAAAUUAUGAUGGGAAUCAUGACUGGACCUCACCUGUCUUCAGUAGUAGGGAUCAUGAAAUAACUGAGCAAACUGCAGUAACAAAUGAUAGGUUACAUUCAAUUGCUGAUCUUCACCUUAGUAGUAUGGAACAAAAUGCUAAAAGUACUCAAUAUUAUUGGGGUAGCGGGCUGCAUCCUGAUGCCGUCCAGCCAUUUGGAAUAUGCAGUGCAAUUUGUAAGGACUCAACAAGAAGUCUUCCAUAUCCUUGCUCUACUGAUGGGUUACUCGUUAGUAACAACGAAAAACAUACAGUUGGUAACUUCUUCCAGAAGUUAGACAAUCAUAGGCUUCAAAGUUACGGUAUAGAGAAACAUCCUCAUGACCACAGAGUUCAGAAUGCAGGUAAUGAAAAGUGUUCCUAUGGUCAAAAGAUGGCAGUUGACCCUUACCAACAGAGUAACUUUAAAUCACUAGAUCAUGUUACUCAGAGUACAGUAACCACUCAAAGGGAGCCAGAUUCUGGCUCUGACAGUCCUGCUUCAAAAACAGCUGCUUUGAUCAAUGGAUUGGAGAACCGCAGUGUAUGUGAUUACAUACCCACUGAAAGUGAUGAUUUUGUGGCCAAUCACACCACAGGAGAAAACUUGGUUGGGAACAUGAAAUCUGAAGAUGCGUAUAAUAAUAAACACAGUAAUGAUCUCUGUGAUGCAGUUCAUGAAACAGAUGAACUAUCAACUGCUGCAUCACCUGCUACAAACAAUUCAGACAGUGAAUUAUCAGAGCAUGAAGAAAUAGGUAUCUUUGCUUCGAAAGUACAAGUAGAUUGUAAUAAUACUAUAAGAAAAGAAAGUGAGGUACAUAUGGGUAAAAGUGAAUAUGAUGAUGUAAAACCAGUAUUUGAAUCUGAAGUAGUCGUUUCAUUCAAGAAGAUGCCUCGUGAACGGAAACAAAAAUAUCCUGCAAGAUGUGAUAUUAAAAGUGAAGAAUCAAAACCAACUUCAAUUUCUAAAACUACAAGUGAUCAUGAAGAUCAGUUUUCAUGUGUUCUAUGUGGUUUGGGUUUUGCUCAAGAACAGUUGUUAACUGAACAUACACAGUCUCAUUGUGAUAGCAGUAAUGAAAUAGACACAGUCAUUUGUCAGAAAACAGGUCCUGCCUCAGAGGACGAUGAGCCAUUAGAUAGACGCUUGGAACGUCAUUUAAAGAAAGUGGAAAUUCUUCAUUCAGAACCAGUGCCAAGAAAGUUUCUCUGUCAGUAUUGCAAUAAAUAUUUUGAAUUUGUGUCACAAUUAAAUCGCCACAGGAAAUGUCAUUCAUCAGACGAAAAAGAAGCAACUCCAUGCCGUCACUGUGGUAAAAAGUAUACACACAGAGCCUGUUUAAUAAAACACGAAUCGCAACACACAGGCACUGGCGCCUUUAAGUGCAAACAGUGUGAUGAUGGUUUCAAUUCAAAACAAGAAUAUCGAUCUCAUCGUGCAAAGCAACAUGGAAAGCAGUGGAGCUGUUCAGAAUGUCACCGCUCUUUCUCAAACUCAAGUAAUCUAAAAAAUCAUUAUAAUAAUAAACAUCUUGGUCAUGAGGCAAAAUCUUAUGCAUGUAAUAUUUGUGGCAAGCUGUUCAAACAGAAAGGGAACCUCAAAGUUCACGUGGACAGUCGGUGUGGGUCAGAACCAAGACAUGUGUGUAGCGUCUGUGGCAAAGCAUUUAUGAGCGGUGGUUCUCUUGGUACCCACUCGCUACUCCACACGGGUGAGAAAACAUUCCUCUGUCGUUUCUGUGGUAAGAACUUCCGUCUCAAAGUGGAGAUGCAGAGACAUGAAAGGUCUCACACGGGAGAAAAACCGUUUGUUUGUAAAGUGUGUAAUAAAGCUUUUGCUCACAGGGAAAGCCUCGUUACACAUAACACUCUUCAUACAGGGAUACGCCCUUACAUGUGUGAAGCUUGUGGCUCCACCUUCUCAUGUAUCGGGAAUCUCAUCAAACACAGGCAGACCCAUAAUAGAAGAUGUGAUAUUGCAAGACAAUGAUAUGGUUCUGAGGUGUAGUUUGGUAUGUUUCUUGUUGAAACAGUCUGCUUUAAUGUACAUAGACGAUUAAGUCCCACUGAUGGCAGCUCCUUGUCUGCCACUGACAUAUGAUCAGCAAAGUCAUACUCAAUAGCCAGCCGCACAUUCAGUUUUCAUGUAAGAUUUAGCUGGUCUUUCAAAUAUAUAAUUUUAUUUUCAUAAGUUUUGAUACUAGGUGUAAUACAAGAGGGAUCGAAUCACUUUCCUUUUCAACUGCAAUGUCAGCAUUGUUAGUACAUUUUUCAUCCUAUCAGAAAAGUGGGAUAAUUAACAGACUGGUGUGAAAGAUCCAUAUGUAGAAUUUUAUGAAUAGUGUUCCUAACAGUACCCAAACUUUUAAAAAAAGGAGGUGGAAAUAUUUUACACUUUUGGAGUAUACAUAUUCCUCAAGACACAUUCUUCACAAUUUUAUGUAUGCCAUUGAUAAUGUUAUGUGUCUGCUGGAGAUGAUGUUAACUGCACAUUAAUCAUCUAGGUUUCAUACUCAAAAUCCAACACUUCGGAAACUGGUUGCUCUUCCAUUUGCAGGGAAGUGUGGGAACUUAAUUUAGGGCUUUGUUAGGAGAAGCCUCUCCCAGUCACCAGUCCAAAUCUAUUUACUGUUCCAGAGGCAAUGAGCAGUACAGAUACUGUACACUUCUUCAACCACAUCAAAGCAGUAUUAACAAACCUUAUAUAGCACUGUAAUUGAGUCUCGUGUAAAAGUGAAGUUAUGUACGAUCGAAACAAAUCAAAAUUAAAUGUACCCACAAAUUUGAUAUAUAAAAUCCCAUUAAUAAGUGUCAUAAAAAUCUGUGUUCAAAGUCGAAACUUUCAGACAUUAGUGUAAUUUUAUGAUGCUUGUUUAGGUAGCAUAUAUUCAUUUUUAAAGAAAUUGCUUGUCGGUGUAAAUGUGAUGAUUAUUCAAGGAGUUGAUUAACCUUAUUAAAUAUUGCUUAUCGCUAGCAUUUAUGUUAAUGAUACUGAUCAAUCUUCUUUGAAAUACUCUUAGAUACUUGUGUGACGUGAGUCAGUUGUGUUAAGUAAGGUGAGGUCAUCUUCCAGCUCACACAGCAUUUGUAUCAAUGUUUUGGAGGUACCUAUUUACCACAUUAGAAGACUGUACAAUUUCAAGUAUAUGUUAUAUCUUGAAUUUGAUCAUCAAAGAAUUUUGAUGAAAAAUAAAUUUACAUUUCACAUUUUGUUACAGCAAACCCCCCACUUAAAGCUUCUCUUAAGAGCAGUGUACUUGGACACUGAACCAGGGAAAAACUUAUUUAGAGGAAUUUUGACAUAGAGCUUAUCAGUUUUCUCUUCAACAUUUCCAUUGUUUCCUGUUUAGCAAGAGAAGUUCUUUGACAAACUGAAAGUUUUAUGGUAAGAAAUUUUUGAUGAUUGCCUGUUGCUUUUUUUUUUCUUUCUUUCUUUAUUUAUUUAUUUAUUUCUUUGGUGUCAUGUACAGUUCACACUGACAUGGCAAACAGUGCCGCAUGACAUGCACACUGUAUUGCAUAACAAAAUGAAAUGUACAUGUUUUGCUAUUCAGUAUUGCUGUCUGCAAUGUUAUUUUGUUGGGUUUUAAAUGUGUCUUCUUCAGAACAUGAAGAUCUUUCUCAGACAGCCCCAGACAAUCCAGAAAUUAUUUUAUCACAUCAUGUAGUUGCUCAUGACCAAUACUGAUACAGUCAGUAUACGAUUCAUAACGGCAAACAAAAUUAUUACCAAUACAUUAUGAAAACCUUGAUGUGGUGCAGUGUCAUCUGAUGAUUAACUGUCCAAUAACAUGAAUAACACGAUUUCCUUCUGCCUGGGUGGAUCACAUCUCAAACAGCUGUUAAAUGAUUUCAAGGUUUACAGUCGAAUGAAUUCUUGAAACACCACAACAGCCUUAUCCCAUCCACACAGGAAUCAAGGGUGAGAUGAAAACCACACUGUCAGUUUCAGUAUUGGAAUUUGCUCUGUGCACUUGAGAUCAGCUACAAGCACAACAAAAAUGUCAUUGGUAAUUAUGUGAGCAAGUGAAAUGCUGGUGGCCCCGCCAUAGCUCAAGCAGACAGUCACUGGCUUCCCACCGUGGUGGCCCAGGUUCGAUCCUGGGUCUGG